AUGGCGUCCGUCGCUGUCAACAUCUCGCUUCUUGCGACGGAGAACAUCCUCUCCAUCAAACAUCGCCAGUUUGCACGCGUUUGCCCCGCCUCCGCCGAUCAGGCGUUUGGGCCCGCGAUCCGGGGCUGCCGCUCCCAUUUUGACUUUACGCUCCUCUUCCAAGAGACUAUUCUCACUCUACUUCCGUGCAUUGUCUUUAUCCUGUUGGCUUUUCUCCGUGCCAUCGCUCUGCUGCGUGAAGCUCCGGUUACCAAGACUGACUGGGCUGUUACAGCCAAGACCGCAACUCUCGUAGUUUCAUCGGGCCUAAGCAUUGCUUUCCUCAUCAUGCAAAGCAUCAAGGACGGGACCAAGACUACUACUUCCAUUGCGGCUGCUGCGUUGUCACUUUUCGCCAGUCUCGCCGCCGCUGGCCUCUCCCCCUAUGAGCAUACGAAAAGCACCCGUCCGUCCAACGUACUACUUGCUUACCUGUUCUUCACUGUUCUCUUCGGUGUUGUCCGCGCACGAACGUACUGGCUGAUGCCUCAAUCAGCGCUGGCUGCUAUUCUGACUGCGGACUGUGCCGUCAAGACGCUUGCCUUCUGCCUGGAAGCCAAGAACAAAAGCCAUCUUUCACUCAGCUCGGAAAGAACAUCAUCUGAGGAAAGCGCCGGCCCCAUCAGCAAGGCAUUUUUCUUCUGGCUCAACUCGCUCUUCUUCAUCGGAUUCAAAAGGAGCUUCCAGCCCGCAGAUGUCGGGCCUAUUGACAAAGAGCUGUAUGCUGAUAGCCUCAGAAAGAGAUUUGCUCCCCUUGUGAAUGGCACAAUCGUGGAUUCCCCGUUCAAGCUCGCUCUUCUCACUCUCAAAUGUCUUGGCUUGUCUACAUUCAAGCCAAUGCUCCCUAGACUAGCCUUGACCGGAUUUACAUAUUCACAGACCUUUUUCGUCGAGGCCAUGCUCAACUAUCUCAAUGAUGAUGAUGCGCCUAUGAACAACGGUAUUGGUUUGAUAGGUGCUUGCUUUCUGGUCUACCUGGGCAUCGCUGUUUCCACCAGCUUGUAUUGGCGACAAGUCUUUAGAAACGCCACCAUGAUUCGCGGUGGCCUCGUUACGGCCAUAUUCGAAAAAGUUCUGCGACUGCGCGAAGACAGCAACAUAGAGUCUACCGCAAUGACCCUGAUGAUUUCUGACGUGCAGCGCAUUAUCAAAGGCGCAGAGUUUAUAUACGAGGUCUUUGUAGGCAUCAUCGAGACUUCUUUGGCAACGUAUCUGCUGUACCGACAAAUUGGAGUCGCCUGCUUCACGAUGCUCGGGCUUGGACUUGUGUGCGGAGGAUGUAGCGUCUGGAUAGCUCGCAUUCUGAGCGUUCAGCAGCAAGCUUGGUUGAGCGCAGUUCAGACACGAAUCGGUGCCACCAAGAGGCUGCUGGACUCUAUGAAGUCAGUCAAGAUGAUGGGCUCGGAAGAGCGCGUCGGUGCCGUAGUCAAGGACUUUCGGGAUCUAGAGAUUCAUUCCGCCAAGUACUUCCGGACAUUGGCCUGCGUGAGUGUGCUUUUGUCUUACUGCAUGUUAACUAUCGCUCCUUUGUUGGUUUUUGCUGCAUACGUUGGCAUAUCAGGCGCUGCGCAUGCUGAGCUUGACACUACGAGGAUGUUCUCGUCUCUCGUCAUCAUUUCUCUUCUUGGCGGACCGCUUAUCCACCUCCUGCAAGGCCUUCCAACAAUAGGCUCGGCGUAUGGGUGUUUCAAACGAAUUCAUGACUUUAUGAAGAUUACGGAGCCAAGAAAUACAGUGAAAGCAAUUGCCGGCUGCGGAACUGCAACCGCGACACCAGAUACGGACGCUACGCUUGCCGUGAGUUUGCAAGACGCAUCAUUUGGAUGGACUACCGAAAAGUCCAUCUUACAAAACGUCAAUCUAAAAAUCGAGCAAGGCUCGCAGAUUGCUAUUGUUGGUCGCGUUGGCUCAGGAAAGUCUCUUCUCAUGAAAUCCAUUGUUGGUGAAGCCGAACUAUUGGGUGGCACGGUCGCCGUUACCAACAGAAGCGUAGCCUAUUGUGGCCAGACUGCGUGGCUGGAGAAUGUCUCGGCUGAAAUGAAUUGGACUCAGUAUGUUGCUAGUAGCGACAUGAGCUGGCUGGAGAAGGUCAAGCAUGCCUGUGCUCUCGAAGACGUCGAGAAGCUGUCUGAUUACCGUCAUGGUACUGUGGGCAGUGGCGGUGUGCGGCUCAGUGGUGGUCAGCGGCAGCGCUUGGCUCUUGCUCGUGGACUUUUUGCGAAGAAGCAGAUAAUUAUUCUAGACGACGUGUUUAGCGCCCUAGACCGACGGACCAAGAAGCGUGUCGCGACAAAGCUAUUGGGCUCGCAAGGUCUUCUGCGCCAACUAAAAACUACAGUCAUCUACACUACGCACGACAAAAACCUCGCUGCUCUUGCAGAUGAGGUCUACGAGAUUCGAAAGGAUGGCUCUUUGAACAAGGUCUCUGCAGCCGAGAUUGAAGAAGAGCCCUCGGACGAAGAAGAUGCCGGAAAGGAGGCCAGUAAGGACCGCAACGCGUCAACCGGGACUGACCCUGCUCCGAGUGAGACCGAGGCCAUGAAAACGGAUUCCACCGCUGAAACCAAAUCUAACACGGUAGAGGGCAGCAAGUUGAUUGGCGACAGGUUAGUGUAUCUUCGGUACAUUCGCGCCAUGGGAUAUCCGAACGCUAUCAUCUUUCUGCUCACUGGAAUUAUAUUCGCACUGGCUUUCAUGUUUCCCAAUUUGUGGGUGCAAUGGUGGUCAAAUGCGCUGGCCAACGGCGAUACACGUGGCAACGGUUACUGGCUUGGUUACUUCGCUCUUAUUGAGAUACUGCCUCUCAUUACUAUAUUCGCUUGGGCAAUGCACCUUAUGCUGGGCGUUGUUCCAGCUUCGGCGAGAUCUCUGCACGCUGCCCUUCUGAAGACUACGCUCGGGGCGCCGUUCUCUUACAUUAGCCGUGUUGAUACGGGAAGCCUCUUGAAUCGCUUCAACCAAGAUCUGCUCUUUGUUGACGGCUUCUUGCCAUUGGACCUCUUCAAUACUGUUGCGGAGCUGCUCACUGCCAUGUUUCAGCUGAUCCUGAUUGCCGUGGUCGCCAACGAGGCAUUGGCUGUCAUUCCUGUCGCAGCCAUUGUCCUGUAUAUAAUACAGAAGGUAUAUCUUCGUACUUCAAAGCAGUUGCGAAACCUGGACCUUGAAUCCAAAGGCAUGCUUCAUACAAAGUUUGGAGAAACGGCAUCCGGUUUGAUCACGAUCCGUGCCAACGGCUUUACGGGGGAGAUGCGGCAAAAAUUCAGUGAAAAGUUUGACCGCUCACAAGAGCCAUUUUACCUACUUUUUAUGGCGCAGCGGUGGCUGCAGCUCGUUCUCGAACUUGUGGUCGCAGGACUCGCCGUUGCUAUUGCUUGUGUUGCUGUUGGCCUUCGCGGCAAGGUCGCUGCCGGCGCUGUUGGAGUCGCCUUUCUCAACGUUACCACAAUCGGAUCAACCCUCACAAAUUUCAUCAUUGCAUGGACAUCUCUAGAGACCUCUCUCGGAGCAAUUGCCCGCAUCGCCGUAUUUGAGCGCGAUACUCCCAAAGAGAUCGCGGACGGUCAGGAGAAGACGGUCGUCUCGGACGCGUGGCCGUCCAAAGGCCACGUCCAGAUCGAGAAUAUCCAUGCCACGUAUGCAUCAGAAGAUGAGAAGACUGGCAAUGCUCCGGUGUGGAAUCUGAAUGACGUCUCACUCGAGAUUCUACCUGGGGAGAGAGUCGCCGUCUGUGGAAAGACUGGCUCUGGCAAAUCAACGCUCCUCUUGUCCUUUAUGGGUAUGAUACGCAUGCCAAAAGGGCGCAUCAUUGUUGAUGGCGUGGAAACCUCUACCAUAAAUAUGUCUCAGCUGCGGCAGAGGUUCAGCGUCAUUUCGCAGGACUCCUUUGUCGAUUCAUCUACUUUCCGCCAGGAGCUCGAUCCCGAGCAUCAGUUCUCCGACGACGCGAUUGUCACAUUGCUUAAAGAGUGUGAAAUUUGGGACAAGAUUCGUGAGUCUGGGGGUCUCGGUGCAAAGCGCAUCGACACAAACAUGUCGAAUGGAGAAGUCCAGCUGUUGUCUAUUGCGAGGCUGAUCCUCAGCGACGGUGGUAAACCGGGUGGGCUCAUUGUCCUUGACGAGGCAACGAGCAGCUUGGAUGCGGAAACGGAAGCAAAAGUUGAGGAGGCCAUGGCCCGUCGCCUGAAGGGCAAGUCAACCUUGUCUGUGCUGCAUCGUGUUGAGGCUGCAGCCAAAUAUGACAAGAUUGCAGUUAUGAAUAAGGGAAAACUGGUAGAUUUUGGUGCAGCGGCCGAGGUCAUAAAGCGAAACAGCUUGUUUGUGUCGACAAGCACCUCAGGUCAGUAG